AUGGAGGACCCGGUUGACCCAGUAGACCCAGUUGAUCCCAUUGACCCUGCGUUUGAUUUUGAGAUGGCGUUCGAUGACCCCGAGCAUGCCAUGGCCCCCGAGCCGGUAGCCGCUCUCGACCCAGUGUUUAAGCAUGACCCUGUUCAUGCUGGCGCACCCGUUGUUGAUCCCGUGAUUGCUGACCCACCCAUUGAUGAUCACCCUGUCGAUGCUCCACUUCUGGAUGGCGAUCAUGUUGUUGCUGCUGACCCUAUUGAUGCCCCUUUCAUCGUCGAUGCACCCGUUGACCCUGUUGUUGCUCCCCUACCUGAUCCUGUUCCCCUGGAGCCCGAGCAUGCACUAUUCGCGACCCACAUUGAUCCCAGGUAUGCGCACACCCAGAAUGGGUGGAUUGACGCUGAUGAUGAGCUCCCACCUGUUCCCCCUCAUACCACCGAUGCACGUCACAUUGAUACCUCUUUUUCGUUCCCUCAGUUCACACCUCCAGCUCGACCUGGAGGGUUCUUCGGCUCAUCCCUUUGGACAUGUACCGACACCAUGCCAUCAUCUUCAGAUACAGUAUCAGACACAGUAGACCCCAUGGCGGUUGUGUCAGACAACGAGAUACCAUCAGAGGGAGACGUAUACACAUCACACACCAUGAGCACGGACGACGAUGAUUUCCAGCCGUUCGCUCUGCCAGACAUCGGAGUUGAGAUACAGCUCGCUGAUGGCAUUCCUGCUGGGGAUCUACCUCUUGCGGUGAUCCCUGCUCCUGUUCCGCUUGCUGCUUUCCCCAUGAUGGAUGUGCCACUCGAUGUCGUAUCUAAUGACGACAUUGAUCUGUUCGAGGAGGGUCCCCCUGAGGACGACUAUGAGGGCGGGGCUCCGAUUGAUGCUGGUGCUAUCCUUCCUAUUGUUGAGGCACCUGUAGAGGAGGCUUCUCUUGGUUCACCUGUCCCAAACUCAUUGGAGUCUGUGGCAUCUGCGUCUUUGCACGACCAGGGUGUGCAGCAUCACUCUCCUGACGCCGACCCCGACCCCGACAUGGCGAUGUCAGCUGCACCUUGUCCAUCACAUGAGUUCGAGUUUGACCAUGAGGUCGAUGAUGAUUUUGAUCCAGUUUUUCCCCCUGACUUCGAUCCUGACCAGGAGAUCGAGUUUAUUCAUAUGGACCAGCCCUAG